CCCGACGAAGACCUGAGAUGCUUGAUCAAGAACGGGGCACAGUACUUAGCUGUUUAUUUAAUUUGUGUAAAAUUGAUUCUGAAGAUUUUUCCCGCUUCUAUCCUGCAAUGAAGAAAUUUUGAGACCUUACCAACAAUUAGAAGACUUAAAGAAUUUCAUGAAGAGAAGCAAAGAAAAAGCACAAAGGAAACAAGAUGCUGAAGAGAGCCAGGCCAUGUUUUCAGAUGUCAUUACAGAGGAUAUGAAACGUGGAGAGUGUAAAUAUGUAAUUGAACCGAGCUUCGUCCAGUGUGAGAACCUGAUAGUAGGACGACUCUCUUUUCUUGGAAUGAAUCCAGAGAUAGAAAGAAUCCUGGAGUUAGAACAAAAAGCUAAUUAUGUGAAAAAGGAGAAUGAGAAAGAUAUUUCUGAUUUUGAAAUGGCAAAUCGAUAUGACACACUGGUGGGGACAGUUAGUCGCAAGUUCAGCACUAAGAGAGAUCACAGAAAUCUACAAGAAUAUGACCCUCCACAAAGUAAAAAGGAAAUGAAGUUUCUGAAACCGUCAUGUGAUUAAUGCAAAACUUAAUUUUUCUAAUGAUUUCCUGUUAUCCUUUGUAAAUAUUGCCAGCCUAUAUAAUUCUGAUAUGUUUGGGUGCCUGUAAACCAUCUGAAUUUUUUUAUAAAGUGACGUUUAAAGGUAAUAUAUUGAUGUCUCAUCACCAGAGUACAGGACAAAAUCAUAAUAUACAGAUAGCUAAUAGAGCAUUUGAAAGUUUGCAGAGUUAAAAAAUUUGUGAAUGAUGGUAACAAAUCAAAAUUAGAUUAAUGAGGAAAUUAGAUUAAAUUCAGGUAGUGUUUCUUACCAUUGAGUUCAGAAACUUCUUUUGUUCUUGCCUGUUUUCUGCAGAUGUGAAGAUUAUAAUAUACUAAACUGAUUUUUCCUCUAGUUCUGUAUUAUUGUGAAACCUGGUAUCCAGUAUUCCAUGUUAAGGAAAGGUUGAGAACAGGGCUUUGGUGGGAAAAUGUGAAGGAAAAAAUAGUAUGAUACAAGUUCUCUUUGACACUAUAUCCAGACUAGUCCUGAAGCCCAGCCAGCCUCCUGUCCAGUGUGUACCAGGAACUCUUCCACUGGGAUGUAAAUUGGCUAGAGCAUGAAGAUUGCUACUCAUCUGCAUCUAGAGAAAGUGUUAAGAAUGUGGUGAGGUUUAUCUCUACUCCAUCACAGGGGCAAGUUUACAUUUUUCUGUAUAGAAGAUUUUAUGUUAUUUCAUUAUGCAGUUUCUUGUUGUGAGGAAAUUUUAAAUUGGAUGCAUUAGUUUUUAAUACUGACAGCAAAAAGAAUAUAUUUGAUUGAGACUAAAAUCAUAGACCAAAACCUGAAGAGUUUCUACUGAUUGUUAGGUAGAAGAUAAUAUACUCACUCAUGGAGCUGAGCCUUUCCUGAGAAGCUGCCAAUUGUGCAGCCACUCAAGAGCAACAAAGUGAAAUAUCAUGAUCUAUCAUACAGUACUGACGUAUGUAAGAAAUUGAAGAUCAGUAUUAUAGUUGACGUGAUAAGUAUGCAUAGGAUCAGAAUUAUAUUGUGCUCAAUGGAAAUAAAUUAAAUUUUAAUAGAGUGCCAAUGUAUGUGAGUUCAAAAUGUUCUGCAGUGAUUUCUUUGAAAUGUUGUGUUGGCUGCACUGCUUAAUUUGCAUGUAGGUAGAAACACGAACUCCCUAUGUGAAUAUGAAAUACUUUGAACCUUGACCAGCCAAUUAUAGUGUUGUAGCAGAGUUAACAUGGUCACUCCCUUAAGUACCAAAGAACAGCAGUGUGUAAUUAUAUGAUUUUGGAGGGCCGAAAGUGUACUAGACAGAAAUUCAUCACAGACUUUCAACACAAUAAGGAAACAAUCCAAUUCUCCAUAG